UCGCUUCCUCCGUCGUAUAAAAACUUCAACCCUGCCAGCAUCCUUAUCAAUCGAGUACCACACUUCAGUACAACAUCAACAUGCACUUCCAAAUCGUGGUGAUUAGCGGUUUGCUGGCUUUAUGCCAAGGCGGUUUGAUUGAAGAAGGACAUGGGCAGGCGGUCUCUAGUCAAAGUAUAGUUCGCCAUGAUGAGCCUAGUCAACAACAGCAACAACAGCUUUAUACUCCUGUUGUGGCGCAGCACUCUGCCCCAGUUCUGCGUCGUGCAGUUCCUGUGCUCGAGCAGACAGCAUACCUUCAACAUGGCGCCCCGAUUGUCCACGCUACUCCUUUAGUCCAACACGUGGCUCCUGCAGCUAUUCAUCACGCUCCCGUAGUGCAGCACAUCUCGCCCGUCGCCAUUGGUCACGGCGAACAAAUCGAACAUCAUGCUCCUGCUAAGUACGAAUUUUCGUACUCUGUGGAGGACCCUCAUACCGGCGACCACAAGUCUCAGCACGAGUCUCGUGAUGGUGACGUAGUUAAAGGAGAAUACUCCCUACUGCAGCCUGACGGUUCUAUCCGUAAGGUCGAAUAUACUGCUGACGAUCACAACGGGUUCAAUGCUGUCGUGCACAACUCGGAACCAUCUGUGCAUGCAGCGCCACCCAGCCCCGCUCCAGUGGUUCACGCUGCUCCUGUGGUUCACACGGCACCUUUGGUUCACGCCGCCCCUGUAGUUCACGCAGCGCCUGUCGUUCACGCUGCCCCCGUGGUUCACGCGGCACCCCUCGUUCACGCCGCUCCUCUCGUUCAUGCGGCCCCUGCUCACUACGUCACCGCCCACCACGUAACAGUAAUCCUUUGUGCGUUGGCGCUGGCCUCCGCGGGAAUAGUCCAGCUUGGACACGGUUACGCCGGGGAAGCUUAUGGACACGAAGCGGUUGCGUACGCGCCUGUCGCCCACUACGGAGGACACGAGGAUACGCAUGUAGACUACCAUGCCCACCCUAAAUACGACUACUCUUACUCCGUAUCCGACCCACACACUGGUGACCACAAGACCCAACACGAGGUCCGUGAUGGUGAUGUAGUGAAGGGAGAAUACUCCCUGCUGCAACCCGACGGUUCCUUCAGGAAGGUCACCUACACCGCUGAUGACCACAACGGUUUCAACGCGGUCGUCCACAACACUGCGCCUGCGCACCACGAGUACCACUAGUGCCGGCGCACACUGCCACUGUUUCUCAUGUGAUAUUAAACACUUAAUACUUAAUGUAGAUAGUCUUUAGUCGACACGACUCCUUAUUUUAUAAGACUGCGGCGAAAAUUAAACUUUUAGAAAAAAUCUA